AUGCUUCGCGACGUUAAUGACAAGCGCAAAUUAUAUGCGAUGAAAGUGGAAAAACAAAAUGGUUGUGAAAGGCCUAUCUUGAAACUCGAUGUCGCAGUGCUGUCACAAAUGCGUAACACUGUAGGAUUUCCAACGCUGAUCGUCGCGGGUAGAACGGAAUUGUUCAAGUUUUGCGUGAUGCGUCUGGUUGGACCGGACCUGAGGGCGCUCAUGUGGGCAAUGCCAUCAAAAAAGUUCUCCGAUGCAACUGCAUAUCGUAUUGCGAUCCAAACACUGGAUCGUUUGGAAAAUUUACAUGAUGCUGGCUAUCUGAACAGAGAUGUAAAAUCGACAAAUUUCGCAAUUGGACUGGGGCAUGAAUCAUCAAUCAUCUAUAUGCUAGAUUUUGGGCUGACGAGACGGUUCAGAAACGUCGACGGAACGCUGCUGAAACGGCGAGCAUGGGGGCCAUGCGUCGGUACGUAUCCAUUCUCACCGCUGGCGUCAUCAACGAUGAGAGACCAAGCGCCAAAAGACGACUUGGAAGGCUGGUUCUACAUGAUCAUGGAAAUUCUCAUUGGUUGUCUUCCAUGGUAUAAUUCGAAAAAUACACCUGAUCAUGGUCUAACUCGAGAAUGGAAGCAGUAUGCUCGUGGCGCGUUCAAAACGGAAAUGCUCAGCACUUUGCCACGCGAAUUCACACCAGUAUUCAACAAGAUCACGACAACUAGAUUCGAAGAACGACCACGAUACCAGUUCAUCCGAAAAAUGGUCUACGCCAGUGUUGCUCGACAAGGGAUUAACUUGAGAGUUCCCUAUGACUGGCAAACUGAGCCAUCCCUGCUUUCUCUCGUCAAUGACUCAUGUGAACAUGACUUGGUUCAACAGAGUAGUCCGAUUGCAAUAAACAAAGAGGAAUUCGCAGCUGAGAAGCCAAACGUCGGAAAGCCCUUCGACGCUAAUAACAUGAUAGCUGUACAGGUUUAG